CAUUUCCAUUCCGUUCCCCUCGCGGCUCUGCGCAGGGCCGUCCGACCCCCCCGUCGGCGCGCGCGCGGGUGAUGCGGGCGGUCGGGCGCCCGCGCCGACGCUUGCGCCGGGCGUGCUCGCGCGGACGCCCGCGGCGGCGGCUGGGAUGGCGGCCGUGGUGGCGGCGGUCGUCCUGGGCCGGCAGGGCAGCGAGCCAGGAACCGACCAGGAGAAGAACAGUACGGACGAUAUCCCCAACUUAGACAGCAAUAACGACUCACAUGUAACAGUGGCAGAGGUGAAGAACGGUUUGAAGUUGCUCAGAGUGCGCGCCGACGUGCUUCAUGCACGCCUGAUGUUGGAGAGAGAUCUGGCAGACAUGUGCGCGAAACUCCCCCUUUUCUUCACGUCCGUGCUCUUGCUAUCUGUUGCACUGCUGCAGCUCUGCCCCGCGAGCUCCGUCGCCGACAUCCAUGCCCGCAUCAUCACCCAGUUCCGCCUGGACUCGUUGACCAGCUCCCCCAUCAGGGGCGUGGCUGACAUCUACUCCUACAUGGCCGACUUCGAGCAGCACAACGAGGAGGUCCAGGCGACCUCCAUGAAGUACUGGUGCGAGAGCAGGUACGCGACGCACUACUGGGACGCGGAGCUCGGCGUACCCAGGUGGGCGUGCGCCAGCCCCCGCCAGUACGCCCUCGGCGACUCCACCGACGCGUCGUGGAGUUGGACCUCCCUGAACGGUUACGGCCGCAGGCUGGGGUCGCCCCCGGCGUGCGAGGACGACGACGCUGCGCUGCAGAACGAGACGGGGGCCGCUGGCGCGACGUGCUCAGGCUCCCCUUCCGUCUGCGACUCCCUCUUGGGGCCGAUGCUCUGCCCGCUGUCCUGCGGCAUGUGCGCCCCGUGGCAGUACAACCGGACUGCGAGGUUCAACUGGCCGCAGGUGACGAUGCUGCCGGCCAUGGUCUACCAGACCCGGUUCAGCCCCGGGGAUUGCCGCGGCUUCGCCAGCGUCUACAACGAGCAGAGGUCCAACCCGGCGCUCUGGGUGCUCCCGCCGCUGGACGGGGCGAAGCACGGAGACGUUCUGGCCUGCGUUGACCGCUCCAGGCCGUUAGAGGACGACUUUGCCCACCGGGUGCCUGACCCAGACGGCGGAGAGACGCCCGUGACUCCGAAGCACUCCUUUCUGGGCAAGACGGUGUACCCCGACCUGCUCCUCUCGCCCGCGCGCACCAUCCAGACGAUGCAGGCUGUGCAGUGGCUGGACGGACAGACAGACACGCUGGCGCUGGGCACGAUGAUCUACACCGAGGGCAUCGAGGUGUUCACGUCGCUCUCUGUUGAGUUCGUCUUCAACCAGGUGGGCACCGUGACGCCUUCCUACACACUGGUCAGCUAUCGCGACCUGAUCUCUGGUGUGAAGACCACAUUCGUCGUUUGCUUGAGCCUCGCUGCCGUGUGUGCGCUGCUAGGGGUCAUUCUGAGCGUCUUCACAUUGUGUCAGGAUCGUGCGCAGUGUAAAUUGGGCUUGGUUUUUUUCGAAUUAUGUUCUCGCUCGGCGCUUUUAGUGUUCGCUUUCGUGCUUCUGAUCUCAUGGGGCCAACAGAGUUCGAAGUCGGAGGAAUACGACAGUCUCCUGCACACAUUCUUGGACAUGCAAGGCACGGCGGCCGAGGACGUAAAGACCGCCAUGCAAGGUUACUUCGACGUGAAGGCACAAAUCUACAGCGAUACCUCAUGGCUUCAGAGGAUGAAGCUCGCCGCAUACCUCGUGCUUUACAUGCAGUUUGCGCAGCUCCUGCUGUACCUCAGCGCCCACCCCAAGCUGGGGGUGCUGACUUCCACGAUCUCGAGGGCCGCCGGCCAUCUGGCCAACUUUCUCAUCUUGUUCUGGCUCACUUUCCUGAGCCUGGCCUUCGUGGCUCACUGGAUGCUGGGCGAGUACGUCCCGGCUUUUUCGACCUUUGGGGGGGCGGUGGAGUCCCAGGCCCGGAUGCUGUACGGCGAGUUCAUCUAUGCCGGCGGAGCCGAAUUUCUGACCAGCGGCUACACCGCGGUCUAUUGGCUGUACGCGGGCACCUACAUGUGCGUCGUGUUCUUCCUGCUCCUCAACUUCUUCCUCGCCAUCAUCGUCGACGCGUUCGUGGACGUCAAGAGCGGCUUCGAGACGUCGCCUGCCAUCCUGCACGGGUUUCUGACGGACCUGCUCUGGGUGACCGCGGCCGCCCUCCGGUGGAGGCGGGGGCGGUGGCCCCCGCGCUCCAAGAUCCUCGAGGUGCUGGGCAGCGAGCUCGACCAGGCUGGCGCCGAAGAUGCCGUCGCCACGUGGGUGAAGAGGCUCAGUGCCCAGGACGCCGAGGCUCCCGCAGAGGAGGGGGAGCCGCCCCAGAAGGCCAUGACCAUAACCGCUGCCCGGCUCAUGGACGCCGUCCCUGGCCUCACCGAGGACAAGCUCGCGGAGCUCCUGCACCACUACUUCUCGAUGUCUUCCCGCUUCCUCUGCAAGAACCUCGGCGAUCUGGUGUGAGGACACCGGGAGGACCGCAGCGCAGGGAUCGGAUCGACUCGGCAGGAGCAAGCGUUAAGCCCCACAGCGCCGUUUGGGGUCCCUCCAUUGCUGGAGGGACCGCAAGGCUUGAACUUAAAGCUCAAAGUCAGUUGCGGCAGUACUUCUAUCCCGCCCUGCCCGGCGGACGGCAGGAGGGAGUAGGUGGAAUGGAGUUCAUGGUGGUGGUGGGGGGGAGUUCGGUGCAGUCCACGUUUGCUUGUCGUGGAUUUCCGUCGCGCGUUGCUUUGAUGUUAUUUCGUGCUUGUUGGCGCAGUCAUGUGCCUGUAGUCGCUACAGGCAUCCUACCUCUGGCUGCCUUCUGUUUGGUGUGGUACUGCUUGGUGCCUUUGCACUGGCCAGCAUGUCGAAUUCAGCAUAUAUGAACUAGCAUGUUGCUUGCGUUGUCCAGUUGUACCGUUUUUUAUUUGCCAGUUUUACAGUCUGGAUGCUGAUCUGAACUAGAUGCCCAAUUGACUUUGGCAUCGUCGGCCUCAUCGGUAUGCCCUGUAUCUAACACAGUCGUUAUUCCCAUCAUGAGCCCAAACACUCAAUGCACAACUUGCGGUUUGCACGUAAUGUUAUUUGAACAUGUCUGGUGCGUCUUGCACUUUUUGGUACUAAAGGGUAGUUCGUGGUAAGCCUAUAGGAAUGCCAGGACGGUCGGUAAGCCAGCCAAUGGCGUGAGCCGAGUCCCCUCACCCGGGCAGUGGCCGAGCAUCAGAGCCACGACGGCUUAGGUUGGAUGCGUUUUGCCUCUCAGCUGUUUCCUCGUAGUUCAGCGUGUGGCCUGCUGAAUUCUUUCUUCGCAUCUUGUGCCAUGUCCUCGCGGACCCUGCUAGCGAUGGCACUCCUCUGGAGCCCAGCAAUCGCAGCCAGAGAUGUGGUGGACAUGACAGGCGCCAGCCUUGAGGUAAUUGACCCGCAGAGCAGCCGUGAAUCACAUCCUUCGAAUGGCUCGCAUACUCGUGGGAUCCUGAUCGCAGUGGUAAGAACGCCAACUUCUUGAGGCGGGGGAAACAGAUCUUCACAUACGAGGAAGAGGACAUUGAGUUCGGACCUAGUCCGUAUGGAAAUCUUGAGUUCGUGAAGUCAGAGUCUCUGGUACAGGCUUUAGACAAGAUUGCUGCAGCUCUCGAUAUCAGUACCGACUCCAGCCCAGCGUUUGCGGCGUCUGUCUCAGCGGGCACGAACACGGAGGCAUCCACGCAGUCGAAGCAAUUUUGGCUGGAUAUACUUAUCUCCACGGUGGUGCAUCAUGGUUCAUCCGUGCCGAUCAAUCCACCAGAGUUUGCGCGACGAAUUUCGAACAUUCUUGGUUACUAAACUACCAGAAGAGGUAAUCGAAAUGUUCGUUUUUUUGCUUCGGCAAUCGACCUCGGUGGCUUGGUGAGGUCCACAGUCACCAACAUAGCGUCAGCGGACGAAGAUCUGACAACAUUUCAGCCGAAAGCGGAGCUCAAAGCACCUCUUGGUACUGUGCGAGCAGCUGCUUCCCAUAGUAGUUCGGCGGUCCUCGGCAAGAAAACCACGAACACCGAAAUGUCGAUCAAAGUUUCAUUUCUGGGAGGAGAUUCUCAUAGUUGGCUCGGGAUGGAUAGCCAUGCCAAGUUGAGUCAAAUUCAGAAGAACUGGGGUGCAAGCAUCCAUGAGGAUAAUAUGGAGCCUAUUCGUUUAAAUUUGAAGCCUAUCUGGUCUCUCUUGGAGGGCAUUCGCUGUGCAGACUGCCAGGACAGAGCAGCUGCUUUGAAGCUUGAGCUCACAAGCAGGUGGCAGGCUGAUGUGGCCAAGCUCAAAGAACAGGACGACCUCCCGAGAAGAGUGCCAGGCCAAGUCGACGACGUCGUCACUUUCACACCGAUCAUUUAACCUCAAAUGCGCAUGUUUGUCGACGCUAAGAAAAUAGAUCGUUCUCAAAGGUGGUCAGUGGUUGGGAGGCACACAAGUGAAGCCGAGGCGCUCAAGAUCACGAGAGGCAUCGCGGACCCGAGCAUCACUCAAUACAUGUCCUUCAAACCAUUGGCCUCGAGCACCCAAGCACAAUACGUUGCGGCCUGCGACUCAUGGCGGGGGAAAUAUGCUUGUCAUAAAAUCAUC